AUGCGCCUGUUUCUCCUCCCCAUCUCGACGCGCCGCUCCCUCAUCUACUGCGAGCGCAUCGCCCAAACCGUCAAUGUCAGCGAGCGGACCUACCUCGACAGAAUCACCACCAAAGCGAAUGAGACAUGGGUGUCCUGGGAGAAGAGCGACAGCAAGGUCAAAAAGAGCGUGACGGAAUGGGGCAACAAGGUCUUCCGCCGGAUACCCUUCGAAGAAUGGGGGCUCAAGACCAUCCCCAGCCUGUCGGAGACACGCAGGACAGCCGAGUUAGCGGGCCAGGUGAGGAUCGAGGUGCUGUUUCCCGGACAAUUCCUCAAGGAGCCCAAGGUGAUGGAAACGCUGGAAAAGCUGGCCACGGAGAGGCAGGCGCUGCACAGGAAGCGGAUGUGGUGGAGCAUUGUAGGCUUGCCAAUCUCGGCUCCCUUUGGCUUAGUGCCAGUUGUGCCCAACAUACCGUUCUUCUACCUGGCCUUCCGAGCAUACUCGCAUUGGAAAGCGUUGUCGGGAUCGCAACAUCUCCAAUUCCUCGUUGAGAACAAGCUGCUCAAACCUACCCCAUCUGCGGCUUUAGACGAGAUGUACACGGCCGGUUUAAUCCAUCCCACCCGAGAGAAGUCACGAGCAGCGCCGUACCCAACGCGAGAAGAGGGUGAACAAAUCGCCGAGGUCAUCGAGCAGCAGACAAAAGAAGGGGCCGAGGACGUCAUGUUACUUAAACGAUGGAAUGGCAAGCUACUCGCGGAACGCUUCAAGCUGCCAGGAAUGGAGGUCGAGAUCGAACGCGCGGUCGAGCAGGUAGAAGCGUCGAUGAAGUCGAGGGAAGAACUAUUGAAGGAGAAGCGCGAGCUAGAGCAGGCGACAGCGAAGCCUGAAGAGAAGAGCAAGGACUAG